AUGGCGUUGGUAGGCACCAUCCCUCCACACCUAAGGGAACCUCUCGUUCCCCGGACAGCUCCGUCUCCAAAACAACAGCUUUUGCGGCUCUCUGCCUAUCAGAUGGUUCGUUUGCAAAGACUGAAGUUCGUAAUUUUUGCAUACAACCGAUUAAGCAGGGAGAUCCCAUCAUUUUUCGGGUCACUGCCAAAACUCGAGUACUUGCAUUUGGGUGCCAAUGAACUUUCGGGUUCUAUACCUGCAAGCCUCUUCAAUGCAUCCUCCCCGUCACUGCAAGAGCUUGUUCUUCCUGACAAUGCGCUUUUGGGUUCAAUGCCCUCUACCAUUUUCAACAUGUCCUCACUGCAGGCCAUUGAUCUCACUAACUGCAGCCUGUCUGAUGAACUUCCGGGGAACAUUUUUAGUCAGCUUCCUAAUUUGUAA